UUGCCAAAACUAUGUCCUGAUGUGGAGGUUCCAAUCAGAAAGCAGGAAGCCUGGUUAAUGUUUCUUCUCCAUGUCCCAAGAGGGCUGAGGCCUCCACUGCCAUCGAGAUCAACUGAUUUGGCUCAGAUCUGGGAUUGAAUCCCAACCAUUUUCAGCUCAACUCUUGACUGUUUAUUAGUGCCCAGUGCAUUGACGGAUUGCAGCUGGUGGCCUGACUACUGCCCUUCAACACCUCUUCUGGCAACAGUGUGAGAUAAAAAUUGAAAUGGGAAUCACCAGAAACUUGAAAUGAAGACAGAAAAUGCUGCAAAUGCAGAGCAGGCCCUCGAUAAUCUGAAAGAGAAAAUCCAGAUGGCAGGCGAUGGCACAGAUGAGAGAUUGUUUGUCUGGUGUGACGACUGUGGAGAGUACCAUGACUCGGAGUGUCCAGAGCUUGGCCCCUUGGUGACGGUCAGCGAUUCUUUCGUUUUGAGCCGAGCGAGAUCCUCCUUGCCAUCCAGUUUGGAGAUCAGACAGCUGGAAGAUGGAAGUGAAGGGGUCUUUGCAUUGUCUCCCCUGGUAAAACGCACGCAGUUUGGACCAUUUGAAGCCAAAAGAGUCUCCCAACUGGAAAAAGAAGCUCUGUUUUCUCUGAAGGUUUUCCAGAAGGAUGGAUCUGAUGUUUGCUUUGACACCACGAACGAAGAGGACUGCAACUGGAUGAUAUUUGUGAGACCAGCAACAGAUUUUCAUCAUCAAAAUCUCACGGCCUAUCAACACAGCCACGAUGUUUACUUCAACACGUUACAGGAUAUCCAGCCUGGUACGGAGCUUCGAGUCUGGUAUGCUCUGUUCUACGGAAAGAAAAUGGAUAAAUUAAUGCUCAAGCAAACGGCGAAUCCAGUGAAAGAUGAGAGGCAGUGUGAAAUCGACGAGUCCAAACUUAUGCCAAAGAUCCAAUCUGUAACAUCUUUAUGUGACAAAGCCAAUGGGGACACCACAGUUUCUGCAGCACUGACUCCAGUCAGAGAUAAAGAGAGUGGUGUGGUCUCUGCCGUGGACCCGAACCAAUGGCCUUGUAAAGUCUGUUCAUCUGUGUUCCAGGAACCUCAGCUUCUCACAGACCAUCUGAUGAGUCAUUUGGAGCAAGCCCAAGGAAUGCCACCACUUGCGAAAGAUUCAAGUCCCACUAAAGAUAUGAGUCCUCUCACCUCUGACAGCCCGACCAUUGUUGAAGUUGCUGCAAAUUUGGAACAGAAGCCAAGGGCCAGAAGGCCUCGAAAGCCGAAGCUACGUAGGGAUGAGCCUGAGCCAUUGCCCCCAGAUCUGAAUCAGGCCACAGUGUCUGCCAGUGUUGUCAAAACUCCUCCAGCAGUUGUACCUUUGGAAGCACCAGUCCGUGAAGGAAAAUUGAGUGAAGUGUUAAAUCAUGGAAAAAUGUUGCGAAAUGGCCGUCAUGUGCGUCCCAAUUUGAGGCAGGUCCCAAGAAGGCCUGACACACGCAGAAAGAUUUUGAGGGGUCUAAGUGACCAGCGAGUCUAUCAAUGCCAUCUCUGUAACAAGUUCUUCAACAACAGCAGCAACCUGAAGAGACACAUUCGCUCUCAUGGUGAUAAACUUUACAAGUGUGAUGAAUGCGAGAAAGAGUUUAGCCGGAAGGAGAGUCUGAAACAACAUGUCUCCUAUAAGCAUAGCAGGAAUGAGGUGGACGAUAGCUACCUGUUUCAGUGUAACACCUGUCUAAAAGCUUUCCGUAUCAGGACUGCACUGGAGUUUCACAACUGCCGAACAGAUGACAAAACAUUCCAGUGUGACAUGUGCUUCAGGUUCUUCUCAACCAACAGUAACCUCUCAAAACACAAGAAGAAGCAUGGAGACAAGAAGUUCUCCUGUGACACCUGCGGAAAGAUGUUCUACCGGAAGGACGUCAUGUUGGACCACCAGAGGCGUCACAUGGAAGGCGGCAAACGUGCCAAGAAAGAUGAAAGCGAGACCAAUGGAAUGGUGAAGUACAAAAAAGAACCAUCAGGGUGCCCUGUCUGUGGAAAGGUAUUCUCCUGUCGAAGCAACAUGAAUAAACACUUGCUGACACACGGGGACAAGAAGUACACCUGUGAGAUCUGUGGGCGUAAGUUCUACCGUGUAGAUGUCCUGAGAGAUCACACUCAUGUCCAUUUUAAGGACAUUCCACUGAUGAAUGAGCAACAACGGGAGCAAUUCAUCAGCAAACUUGGGAUCACAGUGGAGGAAACAGAAGAAACGUCAGAUGCAGUAAGCGAACCCAUCCCACAUAAAUACAGCUGUAAGAAAUGCCAGGCCACGUUUGCUAAAGGGAGUCAGUAUUUGAAGCAUUUGAUGGAGAUUCACAAGGAGAAGGGUUAUGGUUGUACAAUCUGCAAUCGUCGUUUUGCACUGAAGGCCACCUAUCAUGCCCACAUGGUCAUUCACAGGGAAGAGCUGCCAGACUCCGACCCCAAUGUGCAAAAGUACAUCCAUCCCUGUGACAUCUGUGGAAGGAUCUUUAACAGUACAGGGAAUUUGGAACGUCAUAAAAUAAUCCACACAGGAGUGAAGAGCCACACCUGCGAACAGUGUGGGAAGUCUUUUGCUCGGAGGGACAUGCUGAAGGAACACAUGAGGGUGCACGACAAUGUUCGGGACUACCUGUGUGCAGAAUGCGGUAAAGGGAUGAAAACCAAGCAUGCUCUAAGACAUCACAUGAAACUCCAUAAGGGGAUCAAAGAGUAUGAGUGCAAGGAGUGCCAUCGGAAGUUUGCACAGAAGGUCAACAUGCUCAAACAUUACAAGAGGCACACGGGUGUGAAGGACUUCAUGUGUGAACUGUGUGGGAAAACUUUCAGUGAAAGGAACAGUAUGGAGAACCAUAAACUUCUCCAUACAGUUGGAAAGCAAUGGACCUGCAGCGUCUGUGAGAAGAAGUUUGUCACCGAGUACAUGCUCUUCAAACACAUACAGCUGACUCAUAAAAAGGUGGAGGCCCAGAACUGCCAGCUGUGUGGCACAAAGGUUUCCACACGAGCGUCGAUGAACAGGCACAUGAGGCGCAAACACCCUGAGCAGGACAUAAGCUUACAUGAGAGCGAGCUAGCAGAAAUGGACCAGGUCAAGAGAUUGAAACGAGGACAACGGAAAAAGCGGAAGGCAGAAGAAGAGGAGGAGGAGGAGGAUGAGGAAGAUGAGGAAGAAGAGGAAGAUGAUGAAUCAGCAACAGCUGCUGAAGAGGCCGCAAUGUACACUUACACUGAUAAAGAAACUGGUUUCACAGCAACUGUGGAUGAUGAGACAGAUUCCGCGGUGCAGAACAUGAGUCAGGUGGUUGUGACACUUGGAGAUUCAAAUGUGACCACGUCAACCAGCUCUGCUGGGCUCACAAACAUUGCGGUCUCACCCAACAUCAGCACCGUGGCUGGCACCCACUUCACCAACCUCCAGCCCAUCACGGUGACCAACCUGACACUGCAGGACCGACAGAUGCAGCUCGACUCCAUCCUGACGGUCAGCUUCGACUCCAUCAGCGGCUCCACCGUGGUGCACAGCCGGCCGAUGGAGAUCCAGAUCGAGGCGCAGCCGGCAGCCACCCCACAGGCCCACUCCCUCGCCCAGUCCAUGAACUUGACCACCUUUGUCAACUCCAUCGCCCCGGUGGAGAGCUCGCUGGGCGAGCAGCAGCACGCCAUGACCUGGAGGGCAGUACCGCAAGCUGCAGAUGGUCCUCACCACAUUCUCCAGGCUCAGCCAGCACCAGCACAACAACAACAACAACAACAACAGCAACAGCAGCAGCAAGUUCAGAUUCAGACACCGCAAUCCCAACAGGCCCAACAACAGAUAUACAACUAUUAAAGAAUUACCUCUGUGCCCCUGCCCUCAGAUAAGUGAAGAAAAUUUCCCCUCCGCCCCCCCUCCACCUCCAAUAUCAGAAACACCCAACACAAAAUCAACCAUGACUGACAUUCGGCACCUUUACACUUGGGGCUGCAACAGUCCACUCCAGAUUGAAGUCAAUCUGCUCCAGACUUUUUUAACCCUGCAGCAACAAAAUCCCUUCCACAGUCACUUCACUCCAUAAUUUCACAGGUCUGGUGGGUGUAUGUGUGAACACAGCAGAACCAUGUCUUGAGUGUGAUAUUAGCGGUUUAAAGUGAACUCUUUUUUUAAAUUAAAUCCUUUAAAAACAAAAA